UUGAGACGUUCUGAUCACGAGCAGCCAUAUGUGGUUGAGAUGCUCUCAAGGUCGUUCAUAUUGUGUGGGCUGUUAAGCCUGGGUGCUAGCUGGAUAGAUGCAGCUCCCAACGCUGCUGGUGAUUGGUGGGCAAACACCUUUAUCUACCAAAUUUAUCCGAGAAGUUUCAAGGACAGUAAUGGAGAUGGAGUGGGCGAUUUGAACGGUAUAACGAGCAAGUUGGAACAUCUAGCUGAUUUGGGAGUGAGUGCAUUGUGGAUUUCACCGAUAUAUCCAAGUCCGAUGGUGGACUUUGGUUAUGAUAUCGCUAAUUUCACCGACGUCGAUCCGAUAUUCGGGACUCUGAGUGACUUCGAUAAGCUUGUAGCGAAAGCAAAGUCCCUAGGACUCAAGGUACUCCUCGAUUUCGUUCCAAAUCAUACUUCUCACGAACAUCCAUGGUUCAAAAAAAGUGUUCAGCGGAUCAAGCCCUAUGACAACUAUUAUACUUGGAGAAACGGUACAGUCAUUAACGGCCAGAGGCGUCCACCUAAUAACUGGUUGAGCACUUUUGGAGGAUCUGCUUGGGAAUGGAACGAGUCCAGGGGUCAGUAUUAUUUGCAUCAAUUUGCUGCUGGUCAGCCGGAUAUCAACUACCGCGAUGCGAACCUCGUUCAAGAGAUGAAAAAUGCGUUAAGCUUUUGGAUGAAACGAGGUGUUGAUGGCUUCCGAAUUGACGCGAUAAACCACAUGUUUGAGGAUGCUAAUCUCCCGGAUGAACCGGUUAUUCCUGGAACGGGACUACCCUCGGAUGACUAUGACACUCUGGACCACUUGUACACGAAAAACCUCAACGAAACUUAUCUGAUGUUGAAGCAAUGGCGGGAUCUCUGUGACAACGUGAGUGCUGGAGGCGUGAAAAAAAUUCUUUUGACCGAGGCAUACGCAUCUAUCGACUUGGUGGCCAAGUACUACAAUUAUGGUUCCAACGUACCCUUCAAUUUCAUGUUCAUGGGUGAAUUGAACAAUCGCUCGAAACACGUUGAUUUCAAACGUUCCUUCGACAAUUGGUUCAACCACUUGCCUGCAAAUCAAAUGGCUAACUGGGUAGUUGGAAAUCAUGAUCAACGUCGCGUGACCGAAAGAUUUGGCACCAAAAGGGCCGAUCAGCUCAGCAUGCUUGCUGCUGUUCUUCCUGGAGUCGGAGUCAUUUACAACGGCGAUGAAAUUGGCAUGGAAGAUGUAUGGCUUUCGUACAAUGACACCGUCGAUCCUGCUGGAUGCAAUGCCGGACCAGAUCGGUACAAUUUCAAGUCGAGAGACCCUGAGAGAACCCCAUUCCAGUGGGACGACACGACCAGCGCUGGAUUUUCCACCAGCAAUAAAACCUGGCUUCCAGUCCAUUCGAACUACAAAACCUUGAACUUGGCCGCCCAGAAGAAGCAAGCUAUUUCCCAUUAUUCGGUUUUCAAGAAACUUGUUAUAUUGAAGAAACAACCAAUCAUCGUGAAUGGUGCUACGGAAACAAUUCUCGUGGGUGAAAAUGUCCUGGCCGUCGUUCGAAGAUUGAACUCCAACGUCGUUGUCCUUCUUAUCAACUUUUCGGAAUCGAGCGUCGUCGUUGAUGCAAGCGCUUGGCUCAACGUACCUUCCAGUUUAGUCACCUACACCGCAAGCGUCGAUUCCAAAUUGCCUCCGGGUCAGAGGUUGAAAAUGACGUCACUCAACUUACCUGGUGCUGCUUCCAUAAUAGUUUCUGAUCAAAAAACGGUUUUCGAUAUGUUUCACAAGCAUCGUCUCUUCUAAUUUGUGAAAUUGUAUACAACGCAUAAAAAAAAAAUAAUAAUUUGCUGUACAGUUCUUUUCUUUCAAUAUCGCAAAAUAAAAAGACCUUUUUUCAAUGGGUUAAGAGAAAACGAAA